UGAUAAGGUAACAAGCAAAAGCUCAGCUCAUGCAAACCUGCAAGUUGUUUAACUUCCCACCGCUGCCGAGCAGGAUUCAUUAUUUAGAGGAGAAGUGAUGGUUGGACGUGUGGCAGUAGUCGGGGCUGGUAGUUCAGGUCUGACCUGUAUCAAAGCAUGUGUGGAUGAGGGCUUGGAGCCGGUCUGCUUUGAAAGUAGUGAUGACAUUGGAGGCCUGUGGAGAUUUAAGGAGACACUUGAGCCGGAGCGAUCCAGCAUCUACCGCUCUUUGGUGGUUAAUACCUCCAAAGAGAUGAUGUGUUUCAGUGAUUUCCCCAUGCCUGGAGAUUAUCCCAACUAUAUGCACAAUUCCCAGCUGCUGCAGUACUUCAGGCUCUAUGCUGAACACUUUGACCUGCUUAAAUACAUCAACUUUCAGACCCCGGUGAGGAGUGUUACACCAACACCAGACUUCUCUGUGUCCGGUCAGUGGGACAUCGUGACGAUAAAUAAGAAUGGAGAGGAAGAAAGGCACAUCUUUGAUGCUGUUCUGGUGUGUUCGGGUCACUAUACCCAUCCAGCCUUACCCUUGUCUGACUUUCAAGGACAGGAGACGUUUUCUGGCAGGUGUCUUCACAGCUGGGAGUAUAAACAAGGAGACGCCUACAGAGGAAAGAGGGUGGUGGUGGUCGGCAUUGGCAACUCUGGAGGAGAUAUUGCAGUAGAGAUUAGUAGAUUUGCAGAGAAGACAUUUCUCAGCACACGACAAGGGGCGUGGGUGGUUGGCAGGAUGGCUGGUAACGGCCUUCCCCUGGACAUGACGGCCCUCAGCAGGUUCAACAUCUUCCUGACAAAGCUGCUGCCCAAGACUCUAGUCAACUGGGCAGCAGAGAGAGCACUGAACCAGCGAUACGACCAUGGACUUUAUGGACUGAAACCCAGACACAGACUUUUGGACAGAGGACUUUUGGUCAAUGAUGAUCUUCCUGGCCGAAUCCUUCAGGGAGCUGUAGUCAUUAAACCCAACCUGAGAGGGUUUAAGGAUGCAGGAGUUGUAUUUGAAGAUGGCACCGUGGAGGAGAACAUUCAUGCAGUGAUUUUCUGUACAGGUUACCAUGGAAACUUCCCUUUCCUGCCUUCAGCCCUGCUUGAAGGACCCUAUGAUGAACUGACUCUGUACAAGAGACUGUUUCCUCCGUCUCUGCAACACCCCACACUGGCCAUCACGGGUCUUUUCCAAGUAAAAGGUCCAAUCAUGCCUGUAGUGGAGAUGCAGGCACGCUGGGCUGCUCAGGUCUUUGCAGGUUUGAGCCAUCUUCCACCUGAGAAUAUAAUGCUGGAAGUCAUCGAGUCUGACAGAAGGAGAAACAUGCAAAGUUACCCCUGCCCACGACAGGCUGCUCUGCAAGUGGAUUUCAUAUCAUACCUGGACUUCAUGGCUGAGCAGGUGGGUGUUCGGCCAAAGCUGCUGAGGCUGCUCCUGAGAGAUCCUGUGCUCUUUGUGAAGAUCUUCUUUGGUCCCUGCACUCCAUAUCAGUAUCGCCUAAGCGGGCCUGGACGGUGGGCAGGAGCUCGGAGCGCCAUCCUAACACAGUGGGAGAGAGUCACUCGGCCUUUCAGGACCAGACUGGUACCAGAAGCAGAGACGAGCACAUCUGUCCUGUGUUCCCCCUGGUUGAUCACAUUCGCAGGAGCAUUGAUGAUGGCUGCGCUUCUGUCGGAAAAGAUUAUCCAGUGCUGCAACAUGCAAAGCAGCUUCUGGACAGAAGCAAGAUUGUCCUGAGACUUGUGACAAACUGAUUUACAGAAUUGACUUACAAAUACACAAACCCACCACCUUUUACUGGAUUUAUUCUCUCUAAACCUUCUCACUGACAUCAUACUUUCUGUCACUAUUUUAUUAUUGAACGUAAAGACCAAGGCGUUACUUGCUGAAAGGAGUUUACUGCUUCAUCAAAUGUCAGUCCGGUGACCACAAUACAAUCUAACUCAUAUUUUGGGACUAUAUUUCUGAUUUCCAGCAAUUAUUAUGCCACAGGGCAGGGCCGCCGCAAGGGGUGUGCGAACCGUGCGACCGCACGGGGCCUCGCGCCUUGGGCCGUUUUUUUUUUUUUUUUUCAAAAUUUUUUUCCCACUUAUAAAUAUCAACAGUCACGUUCCAUUACAGACCUAAAUGUGUUUAAGUCUGUGCAUAUCAAUAAAUAUAUGUGCAAUGA